AUGCGUCGGGGCACCCGGAUGAUCGCCAAUCGGUUUUGUCUGGGGUUCAUUUCUUCUUCCCGCGGUGACAUUCUAGAUCAUACCGUACAUGGCUAUAUCAAACCUGUCACCGCAUCUUUUUCAGCGUGUGGGUUGCAUUUUCCCUUCACCAAUCGAUCUCAAGACGCGUCAAAAAAGGCCAACAUUUUGGACGCAAUCGAUGGCGUCUUCAAUGAGGCUCAGCCCGGCUUGGCUUCUGUCCAUCCUUCGGCCAUGCACGCCACAGGUACGGUAGUUGAGCAAACCCAAAGCGGGAACGCACAGCCAGGUGGCCGGAACGGCAAGGCAGUUUGCAAGGUUAUCUACGGAUACCUACUCCGUACCGUCGAUGACCUAUUCGUGCUAUCCGUCCAGGAUGCUUCGUGCCUCUUUUCCCUCGAUGGAAUGGUGACCAUUCUGUCAGGGGCCUUUGGGUGGUUUUCUCAGACUACCUGUACGGAUACCUUACUCGGGUCAAACGAAGAGCCACUUGGUGGCCAUGCAUUCCUUGGCUUUGGAGUCUUUCUGCCCUCGGCCCCGAGAGAUAAUCAGCGGAAGCACAUGCUACUACUGGUUCGAAUACAUAGAUCCAUUGAGUUGCUGUCUGCGUCAACAGGCAAUGGAGAAACACUUGGCCCAGGACUUGAAAUUCAAGUUGAGGUUUUGAAGACGUUCGGGUACUCCAACGGACUCUUCGGUCCCCUCCUCCGUAGCUCGACUCCUUCAUCUUCUCCACUUUCUGUGCCGUCUCCUCCGCCUUUUCCUGCUUCUCUGACCUCUCCACCCCAUACGCCUCCACGCUUCGUACGGGACCUUCAGCGAUCCAGGGAUCGUCAACGUGUCCGCGUAUGCCCUGCCACGUUCGCGUCGACUGCUCACCGAGCCCAUUUAUCCUCACCACUCACACGCGCCGGCGCUGGCGGCAGCUGUCCCCCCGGGUCGCCCGACAAGCUUAAACGAGGAAUGGCUGGUCUCUCGAGGCUUGUUUGCAUAACUGGCUUUGGGCGGAUGACUAUCCAUACUCCAACUUUUUCUGCCGUUUAUCCUCUCCCUAUGCCGACGCUGCUCUUCGAGGGCCCUGCCAUCGUCCGACCUCAUAAACCCCCAGCCACACCCUUCCUUCGACCUACUAGGGGACCAGCCUCCAAAGUGGGCAAGUCUCCAAGCAAAUUCUCCAAGAGAAAAAAAGAGAGAAAAGGACGAACAGACGAAAAACUUGAACUCCACCCUGCUGAAACGCGACGCAUUGUCGCCACAAGGCUUAGGACCUCGGGAUACCUCAACUCAACUCAACCCGCGACCCCUGCUAUCUGCCCUCUGCCCGUUGGACCUUUCGAUCUUUCUUCGCCGACGUCUUUCGUGCGGUGUGCUUCGCCUCGAGUUUCUAUCCGUCCACUCCCAAGGCCACCACACCCGCGUCUCUUAACGCCUCUGCAGAAGGACACGGGCUACGCAUCGUGUUGCUGCUUGCUACUGCUUGCUGCUUGCUGCUUCUGCUUCUGCUGCGGCUGGCCGUCAGAGAACUGCCCGUUCUGCCUCAACCCGGCUUGCAUCAUUCUACUUUUCCCACCCUCACUUUCUUUUGAGUUCAGCUCUGCGGUCAACCCGUGUCUGCCAUCUCCCGUCUGGCCUCUUCCCAAGCGGUUGAGGGCACAGCUGAUACGAUACGAGUCGUUCUGGGCCGAACAUCCGCGAACCCCAGACAGAAGCCUCCCAGGCCCCCCAAACGAACGAUCCGUCCAUUCAUCCAACGUCUCUUCUUCCACCACCGCCAAUCGCCACUACCACCACACUUUGUAUCCUCUUUAUGUCAGCCUACCAUCGAUCCUGGAUGCUUGUUCUCACCUCCUCCGUUCAUGCUAUUCCGCCCAACACUGCUACCGGGCCAUAGGCCGUCUUUUCCGCCGUCCCUCUGCCGUUGAGCGUGCAACAUCAUCUUGGGACGAAAACGAAACUUUGCGCCGCACGUCUCCUCUCUCUCUCUAUCUCUCUUCUCUCAGCUCAUCUCACGUAGCACUCCGCCUCAUUCAACCUCACCCUCACCAGAGCUAUCCGCUCACAGCUCUUUCUCAUCCCUUCCCUUUCUUCCUUUUCUCCCCCUCCUCCCUUUCCCUAGCACCAUACGGCCAGGUCACCGCCGUAUAA